AAGUGUAGAGUCAAACUGAUUUUGCCGGUGCACCUACUUUUCACCUGCAUUUCUGCUUCCUGUCGAUUUUCCAGCCAAGUAAAAUGUCCCAGCGCUUGCCAGACUCGAUAAUUAUCGUUGGUGCAGGAAUUUGGGGGUUAUCAACUGCACUCGCCAUCGCUCGGCGCUAUCCUUCAAUAGAAAUCACUCUUGUCGACCGUCAGACACCCCCUGUCGAGGAUGGCGCAAGCGUCGACACUACCAGAUGCAUACGAGCAGACUAUGCAGAUCCUGUCUAUACCCAACUUGCAGAGGAAGCUCAGAAGAAGAUAGAAGAGGAUCCAGAGCUCGUCCCGUUUUACUUUAAACAGGGCAUGACCUUUGUGUGCAACGGAGAAUCGAGACCAAUCCUUGACUUCUGGAAGAAAGGCCUGGAAAACAACAAAAAGAGCAGUAACGAUAGGUUGGUUCAAAUGCCUACACCCGAGUCAGUAUAUCAACGUCUACAUGGCCAGAGCGCCCAACUUGUCCCUGAAAAUAUCCUGAAUGAGAAAAGGCAAUGGAAUCUAGGUUAUUGCAACCUAGAUGACGCUUUCAUUGAUGCAAAGGAGUGUACACGGGUGUACUAUGAGCGGUGUUUGAAGUACCCAUCCAUAUCUUUCCGAUGUGGAGUGCCUGUCCAACGAGUGUGCAUGUCCAAUGGACGGACAUCAGGGGUUCUUCUAGAAGAUGGCCAGACAUUGUCUGCAUCUCAGGUGUUGAUUGCCGCUGGUGCUUGGUCAAAUCAAUUACUGUAUCUGGAGGGUCUGGCGGUCUCUAAUGGCAUCGCGGUGGCCUGGAUAAAAUUAACAGAGGACGAGAUCGCAAAGUGGAAGAAUAUGGCAAUCACAACAAAUCUCGACACUGGCUUGAACCUUUUCCCGCCUCACAACGGCGAGAUGAAGGUAUUGCUUAGGUCUAUUGGAUACCAGAACACAGUUUCCAUACCUCAUCCAGAAGAUGCUAGCAAAAAGAUUCAGACAUCGCUGCCUCGAACUCUUCUUACCAACCCCACAGACGUUAUACCACCACAGGUCGAAGCUCGACUUCGGGACAACCUACGUGAGCUUAUGCCUUCAUUAGCGAAUCGACCAUUUGAUCGCACAAAGAUCUGCUGGGUGUCAAAAACACCAUCCAGCGACUUUAUCAUCGCCCCACACCCUGCCAUCGAAGGACUACAUGUCGCAACUGGUGACUCGGGGCACGGGUGGAAGUUUAUCACCACCAUUGGUGAUAUGAUCUUGGACUCUAUGGAAGGAACGCUGGACAAGAAGCUGGCCGAGAGAUGGGCCUGGGCUGCAAAAGGCCCAGACAAUGGAGCUGCGCCUGGAGUAGGUGGCAACCCGACUGAACUCCGACAUGUCGUUCGCAGUAGACUUUGAUCUCAAGAGACAAGGAACGAUUACAAGGCCAAAUUUAUAUGGCAUCCCAAGUGUAACAGUUGUGGGAAGUUGAGCUGGCGCGCUUGUCGGGCACUGAUCCACCUAAGUUAAAGAACGAUAAGGAGGUGGAGGUGCCUAGACACUACCCCGCCAUACCCGCUUG